ACUUACACCAGCAUACACCGCCAGCGCGCCGAUCGCGUGAUAUAUAGUAGCGGCGCGCCCAUAAUGCUUUUGUCGCUGUUUCAAUAAAAGGCCAACAAUUUUCACCAUGUUAAUUCUACGACGCGAUGCAGCUUUCGAACGCUCGACAGGACAAGUAUCUUGUGACUUGGAAGAUCUAACAAGAGAAAGAGAAAGGCAAGAUCUCAUGAAGCUGCCUGUCGGGCUCAUGCCAGAAUCGGCCUUUCGCCUCCUCACCCUAUUUUACAAAACAUAUAAUGAAAAAGUAAACGACUGGGCCAGACAAAGAAGUUUCAAUAUUAAGAAACCCGUCUACCUCGGGCCCCAGAUAUUAUUGCUUCAAUCAGGGGAUGUCCAGCUUCAAGAUGAUCGGAUUUCAGUUGUGAUUUUCAUUCCCAGGCCCAAGUCCACGCAGGACAAAGAAGGUACUGUGGUUGCUGACGAGGAAAUAACCAUGAGAACCAAGUCCUUAGGUUCGCAGAAAUUCAGCGUCUCGAUUCAAUCUCCUAUAGGCGGGCCGGUGUUUGCUAGAUCUUCUAACGAGUUCGAAGUAGGCGAUAUAGUCAUUCUUGAGGGAGGGGAGCGCCUAUCAUGGAGGGAUAAUGGUGGCCUACCAGAGAGGAAUAAGGAUGUAUGUAUGCUUUGCGCUCUCCAUCAGACAAACAAGGUUGCCCCCGAGAAGAAAGAUACCAAUUAA